AGACAGAACAACGUUUAAACUUAAACACUCACAAGACUUCACAGCUGUGUUCUAAAACUACAAACAGACACAAGAAUAGCUGUAGCGCUUCCCUGUUACACGCAAAACACACACAAUUAAACACUUGAUAUUUCGCUUAUCGAAAAUGGAAGCUGCGCAUUUAUCGGUCCAGAGAUUUCUGAAGACUAUUACAGAAGAAGAAGAAAGGGAGGUUCAGCAACAAGGAGAAGUAGAAGAGCAAAAUGAUGAAGAGUUCUAUGAAGAGAUUGAGGCUCCUAAGUUUGUGGAUUUCACCGCUUCCGAUGACCCUUUUCGCCCCGAUGAUUGUUACUGGUUCUGCUUGCGUGUUGGAUGUGACCGAAAACAUGAGGAGGAACUGGACCCUGAAGAGAUUUCAAAAAAUUUUGUGCUUAGGGUAAUGGCAGCAAGGAGUCCUAAUAUAAGACUUCGAAGAGCACUAAAUGGAAGAAAUAAGAGUAUGAAAUGCCCACUUUCCGCUCCUGCGAAAUCCUCAAGGUCUAGGUUACCAAGAUUAGCUAUGGUUUCAUCCAUGUCUCAAAAGAUGUUAGACACCAAGGAGAAAGUCGGAACUCAUCCCAAGGUUAAUUUGAGUUCAACACCAAUGGUUAAGGGAAAGCAAGUUGCUUCCAAGUAUAUGACUACUCCAAGGAACAAGAGAAAUGUGUCAAAUCAAGCAUCCUUUCGAAGUGUUCAGAACCCAAGACCAACUAAAGCUACAGUCCUUAAAAGUUGCUUGGUAGCAAAAACUCUAGUGUUUCACUCUCCUAAGAAAGCCAUACCCACAGAAACUGCAGUGGAAUUGCAUACCCCUUUGACAAAGCUUUGUGAAGGGAUGAAGAGGUUGGAGAUAACAAGUCAGAGGAAGCGUCUGUUGGGGUAUACUGGAAAACCGGCAAAGGGAAGCAAAUGUACUCAGAAUUCAGUAGCUAUCGAAUCCUCUAGAAAACAGCGCACAAUUCAAGAUGGCAAAAGUAUGCCUUUAUGUCAUCAAAAUUGCAAAGGGAAGGAGGCAAAAUCCUUAAAAAAAGUCAAGAGCAAUAAACAGAUACCAACUGAGCAGUUUGAGAAAAAUUCAGAAGAUGCUUCCAGAAAAGAGAGGAUUGACACAGAAUCAAAGGAUGGUUCGGCAUUAGAUACUCCAGUAAGAAAAGAAAUUGCACAAGGUGAGGCUUUAAGAAUGGGGAAAACAUCUGAAGUUGUUGAGUCUGGAGAUUCUAAAGAAUGUAUGUCGAAACACAGUUCAAACACAGUGAUCAACUCUGCAGGAAAUGAAACAAACUAUUUGAGCAAUCUAGACACAAAAGUAGUAUUGAGUGAUGAAUCUGUAUCCUGUCAUGAAAUAGCAGCUGAAAGAAACAAGCAUUUAAAAACUGGAGUUUCUGUAAAAGAAGUAUCAGUGGCGGAGGUGCAACUGCCUUCUGGAAGAAAUUCAAACUCGUCGAUAGGUAAUGUAGGUGACAUAUGUUCUCUGGUGGAUCCAGAAGGGGUUAAUUUUCCCACAUCUCAUGCUCUUGUUGAAGAAGGGAUAGAAGACAAGGACAUAAUAAAUAAAGAAGAUCGUACAAAAAAAGGUUCAAAGAAUGAAAUUAUGAUUGGUGAUGAUAAAGAAAAUGGCCAAGCCCCUGACAUGAACGGAGCUGUUAACCGUAACACUAAUCAUUCUAAGAAGAAAAUACUUGGAAGGAAGCAGACACAUGAAAAUGACAAAAAAGUUGUUCGAGAAGUAAAAGAUGGUCUCAGCACUGCAACCCCUGCUGCUCCAGAUGUGAAAAUCAAGAAGCCAAAGCCAACACAUCCUAAACCUUUCAGACUAAGGACUGAUGAGCGGGGUAUUCUUAAGGAAGCGAACAUGGAGAGAAAACUUCACCAUCCUCAGAUCCAAGCUGCAGCAGUUUCUGGUUUUCGAGGUGGAAACUCACAGAGAAGACGUGGAAAUGAUACCAAAGAAAAUGAAAAAUUAUCAGCACAAAGCAACGGAAGCAAUAAUAAUUUCGAAUGUAAUGAUAAAGAAUCAUCAGAAGAAGUGCAAAAGGCUGCAGCUAAGUUGAGCAGAACAGCUCGCCUGCAGACUAUACGAGAGCAAGCAUGUAAAACUCCACAAAGACGUUUCAAUUCGGUGCAGAAAAAUCCGAAUCAUACAAGUUUCUCACAAAAAAAUAUCAACAAUAAUGAGAAUAAAAAACCUGAAGAUUGCAUAAGAAAACUAAAAUCACCUUCUCUGAGUCAACUUGUUAGGCCUGAAGGGAAGCAGAUGAAUUCAUUGAAACCCCAGGGCAAUGGGCUUUGCGUAAUAAAGGAAACAUCAAAAGCUAAGUUAGCAGGGAAGCCAUGUCAAAGUGGUAUGGUCUCAUCAACAAAAUCAACAACUUCUGCUGCAUUCAAGACAUCAUCAUCCAGGUGCCCAACUUUUCACACUGUUAGCGUAUCCAAGAAUCAGGGUUGUGCAAAGAAGAUUAAGUAGGUUAUUCCCGUUGUAUCCUUGUUGUUAUCUGUAUUAAGUUUUGUUGUUCAUAUAUUGAAUUACUGCAAGUCCUCGAAAGGUUUGAUCUAUAGGCUCAUUUUUUCUGUAUUAUGCUUGGAAGCUUCAGCUUGAAGAAGAAAGACAUGUUGUCGUAGAAAGUAUAUAUAAUUUGUUCACUUCCUUCAAA